AUGAAUGAACGGAGAACCCCCUGGAAGGAUCUAGAAGCGCGUAGGAGGUUCCGGGCGGCUCUGGAAGCAUGCGGCCGCGGGACGCUGGGGCGGCGUGAAGCGGCGGCGGCGGCGGCGAUGCGGCGGCUGUGGUGGCGGCUGUGCGCGGCGCUGUGGCUGUCGGCGGCGGUGCCGGCGGUGGCGGGCUUCAGCUGCGUGUGCAGCCCCGCCGAGUGCGAGGACGUGGGAGAGGCGGACUGCCCCCGCGGGGGCGGCACCGUGUGGGACGCGUGCGGCUGCUGCCGCGUGUGCGCGCGCGUGCUGGACGAGCCGUGCGGCGGUCCGCACGGCUUCCACGGGGCGUGCGCCGCCGGGCUGCUGUGCGUGCUGGCUACGGACCGGCCCGUGCAGGCCGCCGGCUCCGAGGGCAUCUGCGUCCGAGCGCCGGGCAGCGAGGUGCGCUGCGCCGACCCCAACAAGGCGAGCGGCUGCAACCUGGUGGGCCCGCACUGCGCAUGCGCCGAGGUGCCCUCCUGCCCCGGGGACCGGCCUUUCAGCUUCGCGAGCCGCGAGGAGUGCGAGCUCAACCUGGCCGUCAUGCUGGCGCACGAGCGGUCCGACUGGCCGGGGCAAGGUACCCGCACGCCCCGGUAA